GGGGGGGGGGGGGGUUGGGGAAUGUUUUUAAUCGCUUUGGAGUGGGAUGGGGACCUAAUUUUGCAGCAGGUCGCGGCCACAAUGGUGCUAGAACAACGCCCGCGGUAGAAACCCUGGGGAGGGCUCGGUGUGGGGAGCCCCAAUGGGCUCCUUCCAUCCCGCUUCAGUUUUUCCGGCCGCAAUGCUUCGCCUCGAGCAGGGAACGGGGGACGCGUUUCGGGGUUCCCCCCCCCCGAUCUCGACGCUCUCGGGAUGAGGCACAGGAAGGAGAAGGAAACCAGAAUCCCUGAGGUGCCUCAAUUGCUGAUUUUUCCUUUUAAUACUGGAGUAUGCUUUGUGGGCUCUAUAAGGCAUAUUUUUAUUAAAUGAAAUCUUCUAAUAAAAACGGUGCUAUGGUGUUUUAACAAACUGUAUCACGCUUCUGCCUGAUUCCAUCUCGCUGAGGUGCUACUAAUGUAUAUAUGAAACUAGGGAACCAAGAGAAAAAAAAAAAAAAAAAAGCAAUGUCGUUGAGAAGGAAGUUUACUUUUCCGGAGCGACAGCUCGAAGCGUGCCGGGAGCCGGUUGGGUUUAUGCAAACUGAAAGCGGUGCCGCGUCGGAGGCGUUCCGCCGACCGGGCUCGCGGUGGAGCCGUUCCCCUCUGGUACGAGGCCGGGGUGCUGGCAGGAGAGCCGUGCGUGGGUGUGGUGCUUGGACGAGGUGUUCAGCUGCGGUGCUCGGCCACAUGUCGUGGACGUGGUGCGUGGGCAUGGUGCUUGGCCAAGGUGUGUGAACGUGGUGCUGCUCGGCCACGGUGCUUGACUGCGGUGCUCGGACAUGGUGCGUGGACAUGGUGCUUGGCCACGGUGCUUGGACAUGGUGCGUGGACAUGGUGCUCGGGCACGGUGCUCGGCCACACGUCACAGACCUGGUGCUCGGGCACGGUGCUCGGACGUGGUGCGUGGACAUGGUGCUCGGGCACGGUGCUCGGCCACACGUCACAGACCUGGUGCUCGGGCACGGUGCUCGGACGUGGUGCGUGGACAUGGUGCUCGGGCACGGUGCUCGGCCACGCAUCACGGACCUGGUGCUCGGCCACGCAUCACGGACCUGGUGCUCGGCCACGCAUCACGGACCUGGUGCUCGGGCACGGUGCUCGGACGUGGUGCGUGAACAUGGUGCUCGGGCACGGUGCUCAGCCACGCAUCACGGACCUGGUGCUCGGCCACGCAUCACGGACCUGAUGCUCGGGCACGGUGCUCGGACGUGGUGCGUGGACAUGGUGCUCGGGCACGGUGCUCAGCCACGCAUCACGGACCUGGUGCUCGGGCACGGUGCUCGGACGUGGUGCGUAGACAUGGUGCUCGGGCACGGUGCUCGGCCACGCAUCACGGACCUGGUGCUCGGGCACGGUGCUCGGACGUGGUGCGUGGACAUGGUGCUCGGAUAUGGUGCUCAGGCAUGGUGCUUGGCCAGGCACCGUGGACGUGGUGCUCGGGCACGGUGCUCAGACGUGGUGUGUGAACAUGGUGCUCGGCCAGGGUGUGUGAACAUGGUGCUCAGCUGCGGUGCUCGGAUGCGGUGCUCGGACGUUGUGCGCGGACAUGGUGCUCAGCUGCCAUGCGUGAACGUGGCGCUCGGCCGCGGUGCUCGGACACGGCGUGUGGACACGGUGCUCAGCCAGGGUGCGUGAACGUGGUGCUUGGACAUGGUGCUCGGCCUCGGACGCGGUGCAUGGGCACAGUGCUCGGUCAGGGUGCUCAGCCUGGCGCAUGGGGGUGUUGCGCACGCACCGGUACGCGCGCACAGUGCGCAGGCACGGUGCCAGGGCAUGGCAUGCGGAUACGGCGCUCGGGCACCGCGCACGGCCGUGGUGCUCCGGCACCGCGCACGACCACGGUGCUCGGACGCGGCGUUUGGGCGCGGCGCACGGCCACGGUGCUCGGACGCGGUGCUUGGACGGGGCGCAUGGGCACGGAGAGGGUGCUCGGGCACGGUGCAAGGGCACGGUGCACGGACGCGGUGCUCGGGCACGGUGCACGGAUGCGGUGCUCGGACACGGCGCUCGGGCGCGCUCCGCAGAUACGGCGCUCGGGCACGGCGCUCGCCCACCGCGCACGGACACGGCGCUCGGCCACGCUGCCCCGGCACAGAUGCGGCGCUCGGGCACCCCCGUGGCGCUUGGCCACGGCGCUUGGCCGCGGUGCCGGUGCCCGCCGCACGCCUCCGCUGCGUGGCCGCCCUCCCGGCACCGUACCCCGCCGCGGCGCCCGGGCCCCAUGCCCGCCGGCGCUCAGCACCGCGCUUGGCACCGCGCUCCCCGCCAGCUCUCUCGGGCUCGCUCCCCUCCCCGAAUCACCGGUGUCUCCCCCACGGCGAGGGCUCGGCCGGGCAUCCCGCUUCUGCCCGUCUCUUUCUUUCCCCCCCCUUUUUUUUCCAUUUUUUUGGGGUUUUAUUGGUGCUACUUUCUUCCCCUUCGGCUUCCCGUCAGCGCCGGGGCAGCAGCUCCCCCGCGCCCCCCAAACCAAGGCAAAUACCUCAACCCCCCCACCCCCCCAAGCCCCCCGCAGCGCCGCAGCAGCGAAGGCGAGCGAAACCGGGGCGAAUCUUUCCAAAAUCAGGGAUCCUUUCGCAGCGGUGUUUCUUCCUUAAUUUUUUUUUUUUUUUCUUCCCCCCUCCUUUAUCCCUUUCCGCCUGGGUUUUUCCUCAUUUUUCCGCAUCCUUCAGGGAUUACAAACCGCCGUAAUUUCAGCCUCAGUUUUAUUCCAGGAGCAGAUUUUGGUUUCGGUUUUUUUUUUUUUUUUUUUUGGCCAGUGGGUUUUUGCACCGCGGCGCCAAAAGGAAAAAAAAAAAAAAGAGGUAAUAAUUCAAAAUUGGAAAAAUAAAGCGCCGUUUCUUCUCGGAUUCGGGAAUUUGAUUGGAGGCGGGGGGGGUUUAUUUUUGGCGUUUUUGUUGGGUUUUUUUUUUUUUUUUUGGGAUAAUUGAGGAGGGGAGGUGGGACGGCGGCAGGCGGAGGAGGGGGACACCGCGGGGGUGUCCCGGCGGCUCCGAAAAAUUCACACUUGAAGAUUUCUUGGUCGGCUCGGGACUGUGGUUACUUGAAAUGAAGUUUUUUUCCGGGGCGGAUCGAGGACCGGUAGAUUUUUUUCCCAUGUCUCAAGGCAAUAGGAUUAAUGUGUAUUAAACUGUAGAUACUUCUAGGACAGUAAAUUUAUGCUGAUAAUUUUAUUUUGUAUAAUUUUCCCUUUUUCUUUUUUCCCCUCUUUGUGGUUUGUUUUGGUUUGGUUGUUUUUUUUUUUUUUCCCCUCCCCUUAACACCCUUUUCUUUUUCCCUUUCCCCCCUCAGUGUUUUUGGUAAAUUUAUUUUUUAGGAUGCCUAAAAAUUGCAAGUUUGGAUCCUCCCCCUUCCUUCCCCGGUUUUGGUUUUGUUUUUUUGUUUUGUUGUUGUUUUUUGUUUUUUCGUUUUUGUUUUUUUUUUUUUAAUUUGUAUUUUAUUCUAAGUUACGCGCGGCCGGCCGGGCCGCGAAAUGUAUUAUUCCUGAUAUCUUUAAAAUAUUGUGGGUGUUUUAAUAAAUUUUAUAUUUAUUUUUUGCACUCAA